AUGAGUAGUACGGACAUAUUACAACAUUUACGAGAAACAACGGUUAAUAAGGAGCCUAUAACGUUGCUUAAAGGCGAUGGAGAUAAUCAAAGUGCAACAGAAUCAAUAAAAGAAGCUAGCCACGUAAAAUUUGGAGUUUCAGAGAAUAUAUACUCAUUGGACGAGCUCACCAACUUCUAUAAUGAAGAUAAACAACAAACAUUGAAAGCGGUGAUAUUUUGUUGGUUACAUGAUAAGUCGUCGAUUGUUGACUAUAAGAAUGAAUGCUUGGACUAUGGCAUUGCAGACUUCAAAUUCUUGGUAAAAACCGAAUUGACCACCUGGUUGAAUGGUAAUUCAGAUACAUGUACUUUCAUUAGAAACGAGGGGACUAACAAAAGCACCGGUGCUAGUUCGAGUUCUAAUGUUGGUAGCGCAAGUAAGGCCGAUGCGGUAGACAGCAAAAAGCACAAGUUGGACGACCCCCAGAUCGACCGUAUCUCGCAACAUGAAAAGGAGUCUAUAGAUCAUAAUGCUGCGUUGAGAGGAUCCAAGAAUAUCGACUUUGGUUACCUAGUAUCAGAUGCGAAGAAAUUUAUCAGCCAGUUGAAACGUGCUAAACCAUCCUCAUCAUCCACGCAAAACGGUUCUAAAUCUAACGGCCCUGGUGCUCCAAAGAAGCAGCCCAUCAUUAUUGUUUCUCCCGCCAGUACUUCUUUAAUAGCAUUGAAUAACAUCAAAGAAUUUCUUGAAGACAGUAAAUUUGUCGAGCCUAGUGCGUCGUCAAACAAGAAGCCUGCAAACGGUAUUGUUACUAUUCAUCAUAAGUCAGAAAGAUUGAUAUCUUCUGCCCAGAACAUUAUGGUUGUUGAUAAUGUUGAUAUGUUCACUAAGCCAGAAUACUGGGAUCGUGUGGUUGCAAUCUUCACAACUGGUCAAACUUGGCAAUUCGCUAAAUAUAAAUACUCAAAACCUGAACAUUUAUUUCAGAGAUACGCUGGUUUUUACGUCAGUUAUCACGGGGAUGUGACCCCGAAACAAAUCAAGGACUGGAACGUAACUGAAUUGAAGAUUGAUAGAAGUGAUAAGAGAUUUAGAGAUAAAAUGGUCGUAAGAGACUUUUGGGCGGAUAUUGAAAAGGUCUUGAUUGCCAAGGGAUAUGGUAAGCAAUAA